GACUAGACCACGGUCACACUGCUCUUUUGGCGUGUAGUGCUGCGUGGAUGUUGUUGCAAAAAUAUUCGUUUUCUCGCAACAAAUAACAAUAUAAUACAAAAUGCGUCCGUUGAUGCUCCAGGGCCACGAGCGUUCCAUAACGCAAAUCAAGUACAACCGCGAGGGCGACCUGCUCUUCUCUUGCUCCAAGGAUCAGAAGCCCAAUGUGUGGUACUCGCUGAACGGAGAACGUUUGGGCACCUACGAUGGUCACCAGGGUGCGGUCUGGUGCCUGGAUGUGGACUGGGAAAGCCGUAAGCUCAUCACCGGCGCCGGUGAUAUGACCGCUAAGAUCUGGGACGUCGAGUACGGCACCGUUAUCGCCUCCAUUCCGACCAAGUCGUCGGUGCGUACCAGCAACUUCAGCUUCUCAGGCAACCAGGCAGCCUACUCAACGGAUAAAGCGAUGGGACAAAGCUGUGAACUGUUCCUCAUCGAUGUCCGCAACGCCGAUUCCUCGUUGUCGGAGCAGGAGCCCACGCUCCGCAUCCCGAUGACCGAGUCCAAAAUUACGUCGAUGUUGUGGGGUCCUCUGGAUGAGACCAUCAUCACAGGUCACGAUAAUGGCAACAUUGCCAUCUGGGACAUCCGCAAGGGUCAAAAGGUGGUUGACUCUGGCACGGAUCACAGCGCUGGCAUCAACGACAUGCAGUUGAGCAAGGAUGGCACCAUGUUUGUGACCGCCUCCAAGGACACCACCGCCAAAUUGUUCGAUUCCGAGUCCCUGAUGUGCCUGAAGACCUACAAGACGGAGCGUCCUGUAAACUCGGCGGCCAUCAGCCCAAUCAUGGAUCAUGUCGUGCUGGGCGGCGGUCAAGAUGCCAUGGAGGUGACCACUACGUCUACGAAGGCUGGCAAGUUCGACUCGCGCUUCUUCCACCUGAUAUACGAGGAGGAGUUCGCCCGACUCAAGGGCCAUUUCGGACCCAUCAACAGUUUGGCUUUCCAUCCGGACGGCAAGAGUUACGCCUCGGGCGGAGAAGAUGGUUUCGUGCGUGUCCAGACAUUCGAUAGUACAUACUUUGAGAACAUCUUCGAGUAGUUUGUAUCCAGUAGUGCUUUAGUAGGAUCAGAGCCGGUGGGCUCAACAUAACCACUUCACCGGCGAUAUGUUCGUCGGGAACUUAGGGAACUUUCAAAUAUACGCGAGGACGAAACGAAA